CAUGGCGGUCACCUGUGCGGGGCAAAUAUCGCUUUCAUCACGAAAAUUUGCCAUUCUCGGUGGAGGAAUAUCCGGAUUAGCCGCCGCUUAUCACUUGCUGGAUAAAGUGAAGGACCCGGAUAACAUAACAGUUCUUGAAUCUAGCGAGAGAGUUGGCGGAUGGAUGCAAAGUUGCGCUACGGAGAACGGGGCCGUUUUCGAGCUAGGCCCAAGAAGUAUCAGGCCUGCAGGCAAUGCUGGAAGAGCAACCCUUAAGAUUGUUCACGAUCUGGGCUUGGAGAAAAGUAUUCUCUCCGUUUCUUCAAGUCAUCCUGCAGCAAGGAGCAGAUUUAUUUACUCCCGUGAAAAACUGCAUCAGCUUCCUUCUGGAGUUAUAUCAAUAAUAAAAAGACAAUCUUUGUUUUCUAAAUCGUUAUUACCUACUAUAAUCAGAGAACCAUUUGUAAGAGGCAAGCAAGAUCACGAGGAUGAAAGCAUUUAUAAUUUCUUUAAAAGACGGAUGAAUGAAGAGGUAGCAGAGUAUCUCAGUGAUCCACUCUGCAGAGGCAUUUUUGCUGGCGACUCUCGUUUGCUGAGCCUUUCCUCAUGCUUUCCUGCUGUGUAUCAGUAUGAGAAUCAACAUGGUUCCAUAAUCAAAGGAGCAUUUCUUACGAAAGAAGUCCCUGACCCCUCUGUUAUGAGUCCUUUAGCAAAGAGAGCUAAGGAGGAACGAUGGAGCACUUGGUCACUUCAGGGUGGUUUGCAGACACUCUCUGACAAACUACACGAAGAAUUGUUGCAGCGGGGAGUGAACGUCAAAAUGACUUCACCUUGUACAGCUGUGAACUUUAACUCUGACGGCAGACUGACGGUAGCAUGGCCUAAUGAGGAACUAACGAUUGAUCACGUGAUGAGUGGCAUACCAGCUGAGAAACUCGCAAAUAUUUUACCCGAAGACUGCUAGGAAUUAACAUCGGAAUUGAAGAAUAUAAACAGUACAACAGUGGCUGUGGUCAAUCUUGAAUACGAAGGAAAUGUAGUGCCCGUCGAGGGGUUUGGGUAUUUAGCUCCUUCUUCUGAACCACUGAAAGUUCUCGGGAUUAUCUUUGACUCUUGCGCCUUCCCUGAAAAUGAUCGACCCGGAGGAAAGACAACACGAUUAACUGUCAUGAUGGGAGGUCACUGGUUCAAUUCCUUAUUUGGAGAUCCAAACUCUGUAGACCCCAGUCAUGUACAAGACGUCGCGGAAGAAGCUGCCGAAAAAACGCUCGGCAUCCGAACUAAACCGACGAGUUGUUUAACCACUGUACAACAUGACUGUAUACCUCAAUACACCUUAGGUCAUUCGAAUCGUUUGAGAAACAUAUUCGACUUCAUUAAGAAACGCAAGUUACCACUUUCUCUGAUCGGAUCUUCGUAUAAUGGUGUUAGCGUAAAUGACUGUAUCUAUAACGCUCAGCUAAUGGUAGACCGAAUUUUGGCUGAGAAUUGAAUGACAGAAGUUCGAAUUUCAGUUCGCAAAUAUCGUAGACUACAUUGUAGAACUAGUUACAUCGUAGUACAUCUUUGUAGUCUGGUUUUGUACGGUCUUGCGAGUUUGAAAGGAACCAAACCCAUAAAUGGGUACACUCUCCCUGUCAAAUUGUUAUUUAGACGGUGAAGGACCGAGCCGAAACUCCGAAAAACAUACUGUGUUUCGCCUCCAGUACAACACACAUUGUCUCAGCCAUUCUCUUAUUUUCCCAAUCUAUUUGAGGUAAUAGCUCUCGCUCCAUGUUGGUUAAAAAAAAAAAAGAAAAAAAACAAAUAAAAGAGUUGACAGUCCACAAAUAUUGUCUUGGCCAAGAAUAUUUUUUCUUGUCUCAACUUAUCUAAAUAAUAAGUAAA